AUGAGCGAGUACCCGUGCUACUGCGCCAUAUGCGGCGCCGUUCUGAACGACGACGUAGCCAUCGGAAGCUUUGCUCCCAGAGAUUUGGUCAUACGCCGAAACCAUGUGCGCAGAAUACGCGAGGGGCUUCCCCUUACUGACGACUCGACGAACGGCAAUGGGUCACGCGAUCGGCCAGAAGAAUGGCACCGAGAUGAUGAGGACCAAAGCCUCGAUCCUGGUCUUGUUAGUGAAGACAGUUUGUCAUGGCUGACUGAGCUAGAAUGUGUGGGUUACAAUCCAGAUGCCACUGGGGAUCCAGACGGCUCUGGGGAGGACAGGUGCUUUAUUGCUGAAGCAGAACCCUACGAGCACAGCGUGAGCCUCGUUUCCCGUUACAUGAGCCAAGCUAAAUCUCAACCACUAGUUUCGACUGACUCUCGUUCCUCGUCUUGCUACCAUCCACAAGAUUCCACCAUGACGGCCGUGUUUCCGUUCCACAGCGACUGCUUUGACGUGCUCAAAAUGGCUCACUGGUCUGCUGCAGUUGAUCCUGAUCUGCUCUAUGACACAAUGGUUGGUCUCUACGGAGGACGCUUGGAGCGCCUCGAUAUCAACUAUGGCCCCAUCACAUGGGCCCCGGGAGGGCCUACGGAUUGGGUCCCUGUCCCGGGCGAGGAGUUCUUUGUCACCAGCCCAAGAUUCGCUGAUGAUUUCUACGACCUCCUGCUUGACAAGCUGGCCAUGGGUAGGUUCCGGUACCGUCACUACCAUGGCAAGGCACUACCCCGAGGACAUAGUCCAGACAACGACCCCUUCUCCAUGCUAUCCAACGAACUCAUUCGCGAGAUCGCACUCGUAGUUCCAUAUGAAGACCUCCUGUCUCUGAGAGCUGUCUCGAGACCAUUCUACAAUGACACACAGAGCAACCACUUUUGGAAAUGGCGCAUCGCUAUCGACAUGCCUUGGCUUUGGGACCUGGAGACAUGCCUCAAGACAUGGACCACACCUAUCGACUACAGGAAGCUGUAUGGCUGGCUUGAGGUUGUGACGAUGCCCAAGUUCGGAGUCGAAGCUCCCUUUCUCGCCAUUGCAAACCGUCGACGUAUCUGGCAGUGUUGUCGUCAGAUUUCGAACUACGCCAAGUAUCUCUCGGAACUCCAGUAUGCUUCGGAGCCAGACACGGAGAUGGUUGCACAGACUCAACGACCCAUCUUGUUCAAGGUGGCCCCCACUCAAGCCUCUCGACAAGACGACAUCAGCCGAACGUUUUGGCUUCAUUCGGGGGGAGAGUUGCAGACCAGUCGGUUCGGAGCCUUUAUCUUCGAAACCUUUUGGAAUGAUGAUGGCCUCCUCAUUGGUAUUGGUGUCACCUUGAGAGAUAGCCAACGUGUCUUUGGCACACGAUCUGGCAACGUGGAAACGACACAACUGAUGCCUGGAGACUGGAUAACCGAGAUGAAGCUUUUCUUUGGACAGGACGGUUUGGCAGAGGGCAAUCCAAAUGCCGGGAUCAAGAAAAUCGAGCUUCGACUUCGGUCAGAGUUCGACGUCUGGCUCGGUAACCCACUAGUUUAUGAUGGGGAUUGCAGAACUCUUUUUGUCUCAGAGGGAAAAUGCUUGGUGGGCGUUGAAGGACAGAUUCGCUCGAAGUGCCCUCCUCUGCCUCGCGAAAUCCCUCAUCCUCUAGCUCAGAGGAUCCUCUGGACAUACGACGCGCCUCGCAUCUGGAAACUUCCACAGACCAAGUUCACUCCCAUCUUUCCCCUUCAGCUGGAUGAAGGACUCCUCGAAGAAAGUUCCACUCCGUACGAGAUACUUGCGUGGGCAGAGCACCAGUUUGAAUUGAGAAAGCUAUCACGAGUCACAGCCUAUACGCCCCAGAAUCCCGCCAACGCAGCCGGGAAGCUGAUUCUUGGCCUCAGGGCUGAGUUUGUGGAGGGUUACAACGAGAGAGAUCGAUACGUGGGGGGGUAUGGAAGAGACUGGCCCGAGGAUGCUGAAACGACCCGUUUCGACUUGUAUGGCCCAAAUGGAGAGAGCAUUGCUGAGAUUGGGAUACCCAAGGAUGGAUCUUUGAACGGUAUCAUGUUGAAGUCAGACUGUUGGAGAUGGGUGAUCCUCGGCGAAGGAACGCCAUGGGAGGAGAACUGGACCAUGUUUCAGGUUCCAGAUGAAGAGUUUGUUAAUGGUCUCGCUGCAACAUUUGAGACUGACCCCGUCACUGGAGCCAAGGGACCCAUCUCUUCGAUCAUCAUGCUUCAUACGCCUCGCAAGGAGGUCUGUGGCUAG